GACAGGACUGUGCCAAGUGGCUUAUUACUUGGCCAUAAUUCACUUUGACUAAUCCAUCCUCUUCAUCCCUCUUGGCCACUUUCUGACAUGUUUGGCAGCAACGAAAAUCUCUCUCCCGCACUCGUCAUGAAGGAACACGAAAAAAGUGGAGAGACGAGGGGAGCACGCGAGUUCGGUGUCGCUGACAAUAUCAUUCCUCAUAUUCUCAAUUUAUACGCCUCUCGCGCCACAGCUCGUGACUUUGAAAUCUAUGCUCCAAAUGCUUCCUUUGAAGAUCCUCUCAUGUGUGCGCAUGGGGUGAAGCAGAUCAAAUCUUCAUUUUAUUCACUUCCCAAGGUGUUUAGUAAAUCAAAAAUUGAGGAAUAUAGCGUCAAGGAAAACGUAAUGGCAGCAGGAAAGCGAGAGAUACUAAUUGACAACAAGCAGCAUUAUGUGUUCUUGGGGAGACGUAUAGAUAUGAUUUCGCUUAUCAAGCUCUACGUCGAGGAUGGAAAAGUUGUUCGUCAUGAAGAUUGGUGGGAUAAGAAGCCGAUUGGGAAUCGAGAAACGAGUAAAAUCGCGAUAAUAGGACGCUUUAAGGAAAUAGUUCGUCGGGGAUCAAUGCUUGUAACACAUGCUAUGAUGGGGUUCGGUAAGGACCCAACCAUGUAAACUUGGUUCUGUUUCUUCUGCUUAUGUUCAAAUGCUUUUUUAGUGAAAGGGGUUAUUUAGUGUCUAGGAGUUUACAUACUAAAGAUGUUUUUAGUGAUUGCUGUGCUUGCAAAUAAACAAUUUAGUGAAAUUUAAAAUAUGUUGUCUUAA